UAGAAGCAGCUCUUCACAGAGAUGAUGUAGAGUUUAUCAGUGACCUGAUCGCCUGCCUGCUUCAGGGCUGCUAUCAACGAAGGGAUAUCACGCCUCAGACAUUCCACAGCUACCUAGAGGACAUCAUCAACUACCGCUGGGAGCUUGAAGAAGGGAAGCCCAACCCUCUGAGAGAAGCCAGUUUCCAAGACCUACCCCUUCGUACUCGUGUGGAAAUCCUACACCGCCUCUGUGAUUAUCGGCUAGAUGCAGAUGAUGUCUUCGAUCUUCUCAAGGGUCUGGAUGCAGACAGUCUCCGUGUGGAACCAUUGGGUGAAGACAAUUCUGGGGCACUCUAUUGGUAUUUCUAUGGAACACGAAUGUAUAAGGAGGACCCAGUGCAAGGAAAAUCCAAUGGAGAACUCUCUUUGAGCAGGGAAAGUGAAGGCCAAAAAAGUGUCUUAGCUGUUCCUGGGAAAACCGGAAAAAGAAGAGGAAGACCCCCAAAACGGAAGAAAGUACAGGAGGAGAUUAUAGUGAGUGAAAAACAGGAAGAAAACUCCUUGGCAUCCGAGCCACAGACAAGAAAUGGGUCCCAAGGGCCAGGUCAAGGGACCUGGUGGCUCCUGUGCCAAACAGAAGAAGAAUGGAGACAGGUCACUGAGAGUUUUCGGGAGAGAACCUCUCUUCGAGAACGGCAGCUCUAUAAGCUCCUCAGCGAGGACUUCUUGCCUGAGAUCUGCAACAUGAUUGCCCAAAAGGGAAAGCGUCCACAGCGCACAAAGGCAGAAUUGCAGCCUAGGUGGAUGUCUGACCACCUGUCCGUCAAAUCCAUCAAGCAAGAGGAGACCCCUGUGCUUACCAGAAUAGAAAAACAGAAGCGCAAAGAGGAGGAGGAAGAACGUCAGAUUCUCCUAGCAGUGCAGAAGAAGGAGCAGGAGCAGAUGUUAAAGGAAGAGAGGAAACGAGAGUUGGAGGAAAAGGUCAAGGCAGUGGAAGAUCGAGCAAAGAGGAGAAAGCUCAGGGAAGAAAGGGCGUGGCUGCUGGCCCAAGGGAAGGAGCUCCCCCCAGAACUUUCCCAUCUGGACCCUAACUCCCCCAUGAGAGAAGAAAAAAAGACUAAAGACCUCUUUGAGUUGGAUGAUGAUUUCACUGCCAUGUAUAAAGUUCUCGAUGUGGUAAAGGCUCACAAGGAUUCUUGGCCCUUUUUAGAACCUGUGGAUGAAUCGUAUGCCCCAAACUAUUACCAGAUUAUUAAGGUCCCCAUGGAUAUCUCAAGCAUGGAGAAGAAACUGAAUGGAGGUUUAUACUGUACCAAGGAGGAAUUUGUAAAUGACAUGAAGACUAUGUUCAGGAAUUGUCGAAAAUACAAUGGGGAAAGUAGUGAAUAUACCAAGAUGUCUGAUAAUUUAGAGAGGUGUUUCCAUCGGGCAAUGAUGAAGCAUUUUCCUGGGGAAGAUGGAGACACAGAUGAAGAAUUUUGGAUCAGAGAGGAUGAAAAGCGAGAAAAGAGACGGAGCCGGGCUGGGAGAAGUGGCGGAAGCCACGUUUGGACCCGCUCCAGGGACUCUGAAGGGCCCAGCAAGAAACAGCAACCAGUGGAGAAUGGAGGAAAGUCCUUGCCACCUGCACGCCGAGCUCCCUCUUCUGGAGAUAAUCCUAGCAGUAGUUCCACACAGCUCCCUCGGGAGGGGAGCACCUCAAACGGCCGAGGCUUUUCUCGUCCCCUACAUUAUGGGGGGAUGCCCAACCAGGCACCCCUUUUAAACCAGAUGAGGCCAGCAGUACCAGGAACAUUUGGCCCUCUUCGAGGAUCAGAUCCUGCCAAUUUAUAUGUGUCCUCUAGAGUCCCAGAACCACACCCUGGAGAGCCUGUACAACAGCAUCAGCCUUUUGCCAUGCAACCUCCAGUUGGAAUUAACAACCACCGAGGACCCAGGCUAGGCACACCAGAAGAGAAGCAAGUGUGUGGGGGACUGACACACCUUACUAACAUGGGAUCGCAUCCUGGAUCCUUGCAGCUUAGGCAGAUGGGUGGCCCCAGUCAGGAUGGAAAUAUUUAUCCCCCAACUCAAUUCCAGUCAGGAUUUAUUCCUCCCAGGCAUGGUGGGGCUCCAGCCCGACCCCUAGACUUUCCUGAAAGCUCAGAAAUUCCUCCCAGCCACAUGUACCGAUCAUACAAGUACCUGAAUCGAGUACACUCUGCUGUCUGGAAUGGGAACCAUGGUGCUACAAACCCAGGACCCUUGGGCACAGAUGAGAAGCCCCCCAUGGGGCCAGGACCCUCUCACCAACCUCGCACUCUUGGUCAUAUGAUGGAUUCCCGAGUGAUGAGACCUCCUCUCCCCCCAAACCAGUGGACUGAACAAUCAAGCUUUCUACCUCAUGGAGUUGCUUCUUCAGGGUAUAUGCGACCACCCUGUAAAUCUGGUGGACUUCGGUUACAGCCACCUCCAGCCCCAACGCCAAGUUCUUUAUUUGGAGCACCCUCCCAGGCUCUGCGGGGGGUGCAAGGAGGGGACUCCAUGAUGGACAGCCCAGAGAUGAUUGCCAUGCAGCAGCUUUCUUCCCGAGUUUGCCCACCAGGUGUGCCUUACCACCCCCGACAGCCUACACCGCCCCAUUUACCUGGCCCUUUUCCACAGGUAGCUCACUCGGCAUCAGUAAGUGUGUCAGCCCCCAAGCCUACCUUGGGGAAUCCUGGGAGGACACAGGAUAACAGUGAAACACAAGAGCCUGAAAAUGACCGAGCAGAUCCCUUGCCUGGGCUUGAGGAGAAACCACCAAACAUUGGUGGUUCAGAGGGCGUGUACCUCAAACAACUACCUCACCCUACACCUCCCUUGCAGACCGACUGUACCAGGCAGAGCUCACCACAAGAAAGGGAAACAGAGGGCCCAGAGCUCAAAAGCGACUCCUCAGAUUCUGGAGACAACUGUAAAGCAACAAAGAACAAGAAUACGUGGCCCUCAGAGAGCGGCUAUACCAGCCCAGCCACUCAAGGAUGUAUGCGAGACCUCUCCACUCUGGCAGAUAGAGGGGCUCUACCUGAAAAUGGAGUAGUUGUUGAAGCAUCCCCUUGUGGAUCAGAGGGGAAGGGCCUUGGUGGUAGUGGUUCAGAAAAGCCACUCUGCCCCAGAGGUAAAACACUACAGGAAACCAUGCCAUGUGCAGGACAGAACCCAGCUACACCUCCCAACACAGACCCCAGUUUGAUGGGAGGCACUGUAAGCCAGUUUUCUCCCUUGUACAUGCCCAGCCUGGAAUACCCAAAUUCAGCUACCCAUUACCACAUCAGUCCAGGCCUGCAAGGUUUGGGCCCUGUGAUGGGAAGUAAACCCUCAGUAUCCCAUCCUCAGCAUUUUCCCCCUAGGGGCUUUCAAUCUAGCAACCCUCAUUCUGGAGUCUUUCCCCGGUAUCGCCCCCACCAAGGAAUGAGGUAUUCCUACCAGUCACCACCUCAGCCUUCCUACCAUCACUAUCAGCGAACUCCUUAUUAUCCGUGUCCACAGGGCUUUUCUGACUGGCAGAGACAUCUUCAUCCCCCGGGAAGCCCAAGUGGGCUCCCACCUAAUCCACCUCCCCCACCAAGGCCCCUCUUCUCAGAUAAGAGCACCUUGGCUAAUCUGCAAGGCUGUGAGACACUGAAUGCUGCCUUAACUUCCCCAACCCAAAUGGAUGCAGUGGCUGCUAAAGUAGUCUCAGCUGAUGGGCAGAAUCCUGUUCCAGAGGAAGAAAAGCUGGAUGAAUCUAUGGAGAGACCAGAGAGUCCCAAAGAAUUUUUAGACCUGGACAACCAUAAUGCAGCUACCAAGCGACAGAGCUCAUUGUCAGCCAACGAAUAUCUUUAUGGAACUCCUCCACCUCUGAGUUCAGGGAUGGGAUUUGGUUCAUCUACUUUCCAACCCCAUGGUGUGAUGCUACAGACAGGGCCUCCUUAUACACCUCAGCGGCCAGCCAGUCAUUUCCAGCCCAGAGCUUACUCCUCCCCUGUGGCUGCUCACCCACCUCACCAUCCAGUGGCUGCCCAGCCCAACGGCCUCUCUCAGGAGGGCCCCAUCUAUCGCUGCCAGGAAGAUGGCCUGGGUCACUUUCAAGCUGUAAUGAUGGAACAGAUUGGCACUGGAAGUGGAAUAAGGGGACCUUUCCAAGAAAUGUACAGAUCAUCAGGAAUGCAAAUGCAUCCGGUCCAGUCACAGUCCUCGUUCCCAAAGACCCCAGCACCAGCAACGUCACAGGAAGAGCUGCCACCACAUAAACCCCCAACACUUCCUCUUGAUCAGAGCUAGUCCAAGGAGGAAAUAAACCCCAAGGAAACAGAAAGCUGCGCAUGAAGACUGGAACAUGGAGAAUUUAGGGGAACGGUCCCUGCCCAUCUCUGUUCCUGUUCCCCCGCCACACCCCUUCACAGUGCAUCACUCGUGCCAUCCAAGAGCUGGAGCCAUUCCCAGAGUCCUAGACUAACACCAGCUUGCAGCGGUCCUUGGGCAGGGAUCUUUGCAUGGCUGAUAGUUAAAAACAGAUGAACUGAAAUUAGUGACAGCUUUUCUAAGUCCUGAGACUCUUUUUUCAGGGAAGAUCAUCCUAAACUUGGGGGAGGGGUCAUACUUAUGAAUGGAGUGGUGCUUGUAAACUUUCAUGAGCAGCUAAACUCAGGUAUAUAUUUGGGGAAGGGACUACUCGUAGUAUUAAUGUGUUUGGAGCUGGGUCCAGUUUACAGAAUUUUCAUGUUGCCUUUUAAAAAUAAUUUUUGUUGUUGGUGGUGAAUGUAUUGUACAUAAAGUGGGAAGGGUGGGUGGGGGUGUGGAAGAAAUGGAAGUCCUAACUAUGGUGGGCACGCAGCACUAGAGUGAUCCUCAUUUGUUUACAAUCAUAUCACACUGAAUACUUUCAGGAGCUGGAGAAGAGGGUAGGGUAAAUUUACUCUUGUAAAAUGUCACUAUUUCCUCAGUGGCUAGCAGUCCUUUGUUAGCUAAAGGCCUUCUUUCCGAUCAGCCGUAGAGGGUACCAUUGCACUACACCCUGGUUGUGGGCUUUCUCCAUUGGAAGGCAGAGUGCUCUCAGAUGUUCUACCAGGAGCGUCUCCCCACAAGACUGGCUUCCCUCUCAUCCAGUGGCCUAAAUCCUGGAUUUCAGAGAGCAGUGCCCUUCCUGAUUUGCCACCAGCCCUACCAGAUAGUUGUAAACCAAUAUCAGGAAUUGGGAUCACUAGAGUGUUUUGCUUAUUAAAAUACAAAAUGAAUCAUCCUCGUCACAGACCUGCUGGGACUGUGAUCUGGUAGGCAUCACACAAAGCUUUCUGACACGAAUCACAUUUUGUGGAAGUGACUACUCAGGUUUGUAUAUGUUAGUACAAUAAAGAAAUUGCACAGUUUUGAAUAGGAAAAAUGUAUUCUAUAGAUUUACAGGUUGAAUUUAGGAAUAUCUCGGUAUAUAUAGGUUUUAUUCAUUUUAAGUGAAUCAUAGUAAGAUAAGUCAUGGUGAUUUAAAAUAGCUUUCAGGAACAAGUUCUUGGAAAUCAUUUGUCAUACCUGUGAUAGGAAACAAUUUUACAGUAUUAAAUUACUUUGUUACAGUUUUAGAAGUGAAUUACACUGGAUUGUCCCUGGUUAGCAUUCUAUAUUUGAUUUUAGCUGAGAUGCCACCAAAGUUAGGACUCCUAUGUUUUAAACUUUUGAAUAUCCCACAAAGAAAAAAAUAAGACUAAGGAAAAAUGCCCUGAAAUUACAAGUUUUUGUAAAGAAUAGCAUAUUUUUAAGCAUGCCUUUGGGAUAGUAGAAAAGCUUCCAUAUAUUAUUAAUCUGCCCUAGUUUCUUACAAAUUCAGCCUUGUGAGGGGCCAGUAGAAUCUUUUCCCUCCAAUUCCAGCAUCAUUGAUGAAACGUGGAGCCAACAUGUUUAAAGUUUGCUAAGCGUGUGCUAUCAGGAAGAGAAACAAAUUGGAAAUAAUCCAUGUUAUACCGAUGGAAACCCAAGAUACCAGCUCUAGUGUAAUGGAGACUCAUAAAAAUAAGGGAAUGCUUUUGACCUGGCGUUGUGGCUCACAGCUCAGGUAGGAUUAAGAGUUGCAUAGGGAACACAGGGAGCCUUUAAGAUACAAUGCACAAAAAUACAAGUUUUUCUCUAAUAGACUUCAAUUUUAAAUUUGAUGUACUUUUAUGUGGAAUGAGUUUUGAGCCUGUGUUCUCAUUUGAUCCUAAUUCUUGUUAGCUAUCACUGGCAUAAUCUGGUUUGGAGGAGUGAAGAGGUCAGCCUUAUCCCUGUAGGAAGAACAGAUUCCAUGUUAGCCCCUAAGCUAGUGUAAGCUAGCAUGGCCGAAGCAUUACCUCUUCUGUUUUUGUGUUUGUGUAGAAGCAGGGAGGAGAGAAAGACCAACUGGUCUUGACAGCUGGUUUGGGUCUGUUUAGAGCUGGUCUAGGCCCAGAGCCUUGUGCUGGUGACAGCCUUUCUCUUUUUGCAUGAAAGCUGGUUUGGGUGAGAGGCCUCUGGCUGCUGUAUAACUGGGAGCACAGUGAGCACAGGGUCUGUUCCCCUGGCACCAAAGUUGGAGGCAUUGCUUUGUGCUGAAUGACCCUGGGGCGUGGGUAGGAGCGGACCAUAAGCAAUAGUUGGGUUGAUUUGUUCCCUUUCCUUCCACCCACUCAAGGUAACCUUUUCUCCACACUCCCCCAGCCCCUCACCCCCUGUUCUCUGUUGCUAGAAGCUGUGAACAAUAUAGGAAGAAAUCCGUAAAUUCUUAUAUCCUUAACCUCCCUUCUCAGUAUGUAGAGAGGUGAGAAGGUAUUAAGGAAGAGUAUCAAGGAUUGAACUACUGUUUCAUAUCGUAACACUGGGAACAAGGGCAACAGCAAACUUGUCAGCCUUGUUGCAUCCCAUGUGGGAAUUGGGUCAUGCAUUACAGGUCCCAGCACUUCAGCCCUUGUCUGGUAUAUCCUGAGCUUUUACUGGUCUUUGAAGUGCAGAUCUACUAAAAGCAGUCAGGAGCUGAAAGAUUGCAGGAACACAUGUGACCGUUGAGCUGCUGUGAACCCCUGAUCCGCAGGACCUCUUUCCUCGUCUUUCUCCUUUGGCACUUCUCUUCCCAAGUGUCUUAAGCAGAUGCAAAUGCAUUUGCCAUCUUCUCCAUAAUGGGGAUGAUGGUCAUGUGAUAUGCUGUAACUAGAAAGUAGUGUGUGAGGAGGUCCUAAAAAUGACCUUUCUCAGGCUAGAAGGACUUUCACACGGUGGGUCAGUGUGCUGGCUCUCAGCUCUCAGUAGUCUGCAGAAGGGGAUAGCUGGGGUCCACGGGUAAUGAGAAUACUCUCACACCUGUUUGAUUUGAUAGUCAUGGCUAGCCUUUAUUAGACUUGUUAAUAAGUUAGAAUCUGUUUCCCUAAGACCCAAGAGAAAUAAAUGAUCCAGAAAGAAAAGUAAAGCCUUUUGGAAGGUUUCUGUUUGGGUUUUUGUUUUUGUUUUCCAUCAGAGUCUGUUCAUUUAAAAAGUAGCUGUUGGCUAAAAUUAUGGUAGAUGCAUGUGAAGAGUAAAUGAGGGCAAAAUACGCAGAUCCAUAGAACUUUCCAUCCCACUUUCUAAAAAUAAAAGUAAAGCCACUCCACCUCUCCUUAAUCACGUUGGUUUAGUUCUUCUGGCAGUGCACAUGAGCUUGUUAUUAAGGAUUCUUUUUUCUCAGUGAGCCCAAGUCAAACUGCGCUCCAAAGGCAAAACUCUUUCAUGCUCAUCUUCAUUUUUACAUUUAUUGAAAACCUCAAGACCCCAUAGUAUGUAUGUGCCUUAGUUCACUCACACCUCAGCUUGAAAUGUCAUUGUGCCGUAGCUUAGCCCUCAGACCUUGGAAAUGCUUCUCUUGACUAAGCAUGUGGUGGUGUUAUCCCGUGGCGUUUGUCUGCUGUGUAAUUUUUCCUGCUAAUUCCCAUGGAGUCCAAGAGUAUGUCCAAAACACAUACUCCAAAACAAAGCGCUGUCCAAAACACGCAAAAUCCCAGUGUUGCAGUCACCACAGAUGUCAGAAACAAGCUUUUAAUCCAUACCACUAGGUUGAAAUUUUUCCCUUUUUUUUUUUUUAAUGGAAGUUCAAAUCUAUAAAUAAUAAACUGCUCUUAAGACCUAAUCUGAAUUUCACAGGAGGUCUUAACCCAGCAGUCCCAAGGCAAGGACAGUCACAUAGUGUCAGAAUCCUGUCAUGCUUUCAAAGAAACUGUUUUCAAAGAAAUGAAAGGCUUAGAGUUUUCUAGCAUUAUUGCUACCCCCUGCGUUGUGACCGAGUGUCAGUGCAUUCGCCCCCUGCCAGAUUCUGCAUGGGCCUCCACUGAGGAAGUCAGCUCCAUGUGCGUGUGAGUCAGGAUUGUGCCACUGUCGGGGGUUCUGGGAUGCAGGGUCCCUGUGGAUAGCUCUCUGUUCAACACUCCAGUGAGGAUACUGGGAAUCUUGGCUGAGCAUGCAGAGGCUUUUAUUCCGGGGCUCACAUCGCUGUCUAGGAACUGAGAAUGUGAUUGAGGCUUGCUGCAUGAGAAGAAACCCCUUUUUCUUUUCUAGUGGGUUGGACUCUAACAUGGAGCCUUAGGACACCCAGCCUUGCCCUGCUUUCCCAUUGGGAAAACGGAACUUGAGUGAACACUUCUGCAUCCCAUCUCUCAUAUGAAGCUGUGACGCAAGCCUUAGCUCCAGGUUGCGUGUUCAUCUGUCUCUGCUUUGUAGGCCUUUGCUAAACAGACAUUAGUGAGGCUGUCUCCCCAGCUAGUCUUGGUCUCUCACUGUGUACCAGGGGACUGACUGAACCUUUAUGUAGAAAUACCUGAGAAGCAGCUGAUUGUCCUGUGUUUUUGAAAAGGGUGGGAUGGGGUUGGGAACAGGGGCGUGGAUAAUAAGUUAUUGAAGUGCUGAACCCCGUUCAGUGUCCUCCGUGUGACCCCUUUCCCCUAGCUGGGACCUGGGUACCUCACUCUCCUGCCUUGCACACAGCUCCUGGGAGCCCAGGCCAGUCUCCACCAGCCUGCGGCACAGUGUCAGGGAUUCUUUGCUCCUGCUGCAAAAGCCGUGAGAACUUUCCUGGCCAGUACUGGAAAGGGGAAUGCUAUUUAUUUUUAUAUUGUGUAUAUUUUGUCGUGGUCUGCUGAUUCCCUGUUUCACUGAGAGCGACACUUACCUCAAUAGUUAGUUCGAUAUUGUGUGUUGGAUAAUUUUUUAAAAGAACUUUUUAAAAAGCUUUUUGAUCCUCAGAGAUCUGUAGAUUUUAUUUCCAUAUGAACUGGUUAUUUUGUAUAAAGUACAUUCUUAAAAUA